GGUCCGGUCCAGCCCUUCCGCGCCAUUGGCCAGCCUGUAUCGCCUUAAGCCGGGCCGGCGUAGCCACCCUCAGUUGCAUCAGCUGCGGCUGCCGGGGCGGCGCCUGCGCGGAGCCGUUCCCGCCCCUUCCCUGUUCCUCCGGGCAGCUCAGCGUGCGGUCAUGGCGGGCGCUGGCAGCCAGGUAAAUGCUGGGGAAGAAAAAAGGGGAGACUGCUCAAAGAAAAAAAUGAAGGAAGGGGCCGGCGAUGGAGGGAGGACAGAGCUGAAUCCCUGGCCUGCAUUUAUCAGUGAGCGUUUAGAGAUGUACAAUAAACUUAAAGCUGAACAUGAUGCACUUCUAGCAGAAAAAGCUGCAAACAACAGUAAACCCAUUAAAGUUACAUUACCUGAUGGCAAGCAGCUUGAUGCUGAAUCCUGGAAGACUACUCCUUAUCAAAUUGCUUGUGGAAUUAGCCAGAGCUUGGCUGACAACACCGUUAUUGCUAAAGUGAACAAGAUGGUUUGGGAUCUAGACCGUCCUUUAGAGGAGGAUUGUACGCUGGAGCUGCUUAAGUUUGAACAUGAGGAAGCUCAAGCAGUAUACUGGCAUUCAAGUGCUCACAUAAUGGGUGAAGCUAUGGAGCGAAUCUAUGGUGGCUGUUUGUGUUAUGGCCCACCAAUAGAAAAUGGAUUUUAUUAUGACAUGUUCCUUGAGGAAGGGGGUGUAUCAAGUAAUGACUUCUUUGCUUUGGAAACGUUAUGCAAAAAGAUUAUGAAGGAAAAACAAGCCUUCGAAAGGCUGGAAGUUAAGAAAGAAACACUCCUUGAAAUGUUUAAGUAUAAUAAAUUCAAGUGUCGCAUCCUGAAUGAGAAGGUCAACACUCCAACUACAACAGUGUACAGGUGUGGUCCCUUGAUAGAUUUGUGCAGAGGGCCUCAUGUCAGACAUACUGGCAAGAUAAAGACCAUAAAAAUUCAUAAGAAUUCUUCUACCUAUUGGGAAGGCAAGGCUGAUAUGGAAUCCCUCCAGCGGAUCUAUGGAAUAUCUUUCCCAGAUGCAAAAAUGCUGAAGGAAUGGGAAAAAUUCCAGGAAGAGGCUAAAAGCAGAGAUCACAGAAAAAUUGGGAGGGAGCAAGAACUGUUCUUCUUUCAUGAGCUCAGCCCUGGCAGCUGUUUUUUCUUGCCAAAAGGAGCUUACAUUUAUAACACAUUAAUUGAUUUCAUCCGGAGUGAGUAUCGAAAACGUGGAUUUCAGGAGGUUGUCACACCAAAUGUUUUCAACAGCAAACUAUGGAUGACAUCAGGACACUGGCAGCAUUAUAGUGACAACAUGUUUUCCUUUGAAGUGGAGAAAGAAAUCUUUGCUCUGAAGCCAAUGAACUGCCCAGGACACUGCCUUAUGUUUGAUCAUCGUCCAAGAUCAUGGCGUGAGCUGCCUCUUCGGAUGGCUGAUUUUGGUGUUCUGCAUCGCAAUGAGCUCUCAGGAGCUCUUACAGGGCUAACUCGAGUGCGUCGUUUCCAGCAGGACGAUGCUCACAUUUUCUGUGCUAUGGAGCAGAUUGAAGAGGAGAUAAAGAGUUGUCUGCAGUUCUUGCGUACCGUGUAUGAUGUCUUUGGAUUUACCUUUAAACUGAAUCUCUCCACUCGUCCUGAAAAGUACCUGGGAGAUAUUGAAGUGUGGAAUCAAGCCGAAAAGCAACUGGAAAACAGCCUCAAUGACUUCGGUGAGAAGUGGGAGUUAAACCCUGGUGAUGGAGCUUUCUAUGGACCUAAGAUUGACAUUCAGAUUAAAGAUGCCAUUGGCCGCUACCACCAGUGUGCCACAAUCCAGCUUGACUUCCAGCUGCCAGUCAGAUUUAACCUCACCUUUGUCAGCCAUGAUGGUAAUGAUAAGACAAGACCAGUUAUCAUUCACCGUGCUAUCCUGGGAUCUGUGGAGAGAAUGAUUGCCAUUCUAACUGAAAACUAUGGAGGCAAAUGGCCACUCUGGCUGUCCCCACAGCAGGUAAUGGUGGUACCAGUGGGACCAACAUGUGAUGAGUAUGCUCAAAAGGUCAGGCAGCACUUCCACAAUGCUGGAUUAAUGGCAGAUGUUGAUGUAGAUCCUGGGUGCACCCUGAACAAGAAGAUCAGAAAUGCUCAGCUUGCACAGUACAAUUUCAUUCUGGUUGUUGGUGAAAAGGAGAAGGCAAGUGGAACAGUUAACAUCCGCACCCGAGAUAACAAGGUGCAUGGGGAGCGUACAAUUGCAGACACUGUUGAGAGGCUGCUGGAACUAAAAUGUGCUCGCUCCAGACAAGCUGAAGAGGAGUUUUAAUACAAUCUGCUCUACCUGGCAUAAAAGAAAAUAUUUUAGUUUUCCUAAUUCAGUUAACUAGAGUUUUUGUGGUGAACCACAUUUGAAAUAUAUUUCGCAUUGGACCUCUUGCUCAUUAUUUUAGCAGACAUUUUUCUUAAGUCAGAAAUGUCUCUUUUUGUAAAAAUGUCUAUUUUUCACAAACCCUAAAGUAAAAUGUCCUGGUCUGUGACCAGUGAUAGAUGAAGCAAGAUGAAAUUACUUUGUGACUGCAAGGGAAAAUCAAAUUGUUAAUCAGGAAUACCCAUAGCUUCCUAACUACCCUGUUAAGAGUAAAGUACAGAUGCUUUCCAUGAAAAGUUAAACAGAAAACAUCACACUUAAAGACCAUAUGGUAACCAUGUGCUGCAACAGCUUUUGGAGCUUUUUAGCUAGGAAAGUCAUCCUUUGCAGUCUGGUCCGCUGGUCACACUAAUUAAAUACAUUGCCUCUGAUCAGUUCCCUGUUGGAUGAACAGGGAAAUGAACAGAGGUGUCCCCCUUUUAUUUUAUGCACUAUACUUAGAGAAUCAUAUUCCACCCUGGAGAUGCCCUUUACCAUUUCUUUGAAAUUUCAUCCUAAACCAGACCACAUUAUGAUGUGUCUCUGCUCUCUCUGUCUGACUCUACUGACACGGGGCCAUCUGCAACAGAGCACCAAGCUGCUGGCCAAAGCCAACCACCCGUUUCCAGAGGCAGUAUCUGAAAUGUGCUGGCUCUAAGGGUGAGGUCAUUGCAGCUGUAGAAAGGGGAUAAGAUGGUCUUGAAGAGGUAGGGCAUAGCAGGGUAAAGGAGCAUCUAGGAAAACCAGGGUUCUCAGGAACAGUAUUGCUGUUUUUUAUCUCAAGACUCUUUAUGUGUCAGCAGAAACAAGAAGGUACCAAACUAAAAAGGAUAAUGAUUAUUUUUUAAAGGAAAUGUUUAUUUUAGUGCUGCAAAGAUGAUUCGGGGACUGGAACAUAUGUUAUGUGAGGAAAGGCUGAGAGACCUGGGGCUGUUUUAGUUCGUAGAAGAGAAGACUGAGGGGCAGUCUCACUAAUGUUUGUUGUAAAUAUCUGAAGAAUGGGUGUCAGAAGAAAGGGACAGUCUCUUUUCAGUGGUGACUUGUGAUUGGGCAAGGGGCAAAGGACAUAAACUGGAGCAUGGGAAGUUCCACCUCAAGAUGAGGAAAACCUUUACCGUGCAGGUGACAGAUCACUGGUACAGGCUGCCCAGAGAGAUUGUGGAGUCUCCUUCUCUAGAGACUUUCAAGACCUGUCUGGAUGCAUUUCUUUGUGACCUGCCCUAGGUAAUCUUGCUUUGGCAGGGGGUUGGACUUUAUGGUCUCCUAAUGUCCCUACCAACCUCUGCCAUUCUAUUAUUAUAUGAUUUUCAAUUUAAUCGGUAAAGUGGAACACUUCCUUCCCAAGCCUGUAGUCCAGGGCAUCAAACACUUAAUUAGCAGCCCCUCCUGUCUCAGUUGAGCAAUCUCAUAAAUGGAAUUUGGGUUUGGGUUUUUUUGUUUGUCUUUUUGCAUAUCUGGCUGACAAGAGGCAAAUGUCUGUUGCUGGCAAAAAAUAAAAUCAUGGCCUGAGGUU